AGAGAAAAUCAAGACGCGAGCUUUGGCUCCCUGCUCUUGAGCGCCAGAGAGAGAGAGAGAGAGAGAAGAGGAGAGUAAAAUGGCGAUCCUCUGUGCACUCGCAGCGUCCUCAUCUCCUUCAGCCAUCUUCGCGCCCGCCAACUGCAACCCCUCCGUCUCUCCUCUCUCUUCCAAGGGGAGCGUCGCCGGGCUGUCGUUCCCACUGUCCAAGCCCGUCGCCGCGACGGUCGUCGGCCAGCGCGGUUUCGCCGUCCGGUGCCAGAAGGACCUCUCCGUCGUCCCUCUCGACCAGCGGUGGAUGUUCGAGGAGUCCGAGGUCGACGGACCUGACAUUUGGAACAAUACGUGGUAUCCUAAAGCUCGAGAUCACGUGAACACGGAUAAGCAGUGGUACAUAGUGGAUGCCACGGAUAAGAUACUCGGUAGGCUCGCAUCGACCAUUGCUAUCUACAUCCGUGGCAAGAAUCUGGCGACGUACACUCCCAGUGUGGACAUGGGGGCCUUUGUGAUUGUGGUUAAUGCUGAAAAGGUUGCUGUAUCUGGAAAGAAGAGGACCCAAAAGCUCUACAGGAGGCAUUCUGGAAGACCCGGUGGUAUGAAAGUCGAGACAUUUGACCAACUGCAGCAGAGAAUUCCUGAGAGAAUCAUUGAACACGCUGUUCGGGGCAUGCUUCCCAAAGGAAGGCUUGGCCGAGCAUUGUUCAACCACCUUAAGGUUUACAAGGGCCCGGAACACCCCCACGAUGCCCAAAAGCCCAUCGAGCUUCCCAUAAGGGACAAGAGGAUACAGAAGCAGACAUGAAUUGGUUUUGGUAUUUUGCCGGAGAGAAUUAUAGCAAUUAUGAAAUGUCCUUGUAAAGAAUUGCUAGUCUUUAGUUUCCUUUUUGUGCAAUGAAGUUUGAAUUUUCUUCAUGUGCUCCCAUUUCCAUUUCAAUCUUGUUGCCAUCUAUGCUUUGUGCCAUGGAUGUAGGCGUGCCAUACUAAACUCUAGUCUGCCAUCGUUUACUCUGACUGCUGAAGUGGAGUUCAUUCUGCAACUCCACCUACAGUUUGUCCGUGAAAUGAGGUGGAUGGUUCUGUAAUUUUAAUGCAAUUCAUUGAAUGUUUAGCUGCAACAGAGAAUUUUUUAUA